AUUGGAUGACGCUCAAAAGUGACGACAUGCUUGAAGGACCAAUGAACCGCAGGAGAGCGCCGCGUCGCAUCUCUCACUCGCAGAGGAGGGGUGCCCCAACAGGAGGGGAGCGGUGGCACAAGAACCAGGAGCAGUGGCGAGGCCAAGACAAAGCAUGGACGAGGCAGGAUGAGGAGGAGACGAAGAAUGAGCAGCAGGGGAAAGACAAGGUGCCCAGGGGGACCUGCCGGACAAUGUGCCCUGCUCAUGAGCUGCGGGUCCGUGAGGCACAGAACUGCCUUCACCGCUUCGAGGUGUUGGCAGGCACAGAAACGACUCGGCGGCCCAGCGGAGAUCCCUUGCGUGCUGUCAAGGAGUAUUCCAGACCAGCUGCCGGGAAAGAUGCAACGAACCCCACUGACCUCCGUCCACCUGCUGUGUUACUGAAAACUGUUUGUUACCUCAUUGAUGACAUCGCUGCUUCCACUCGUCUGCAUCCAUGGACUGAGGUGUACAGCUUUGUUUUUGAUCGGCUGCGCAGUGUGAAGCAGGACAUGAUCAUCCAGAGGGUAUCUGGUUCGGACUGUGUGGCCAUUUUAGAGCCGACUGUACGUUUCCUCGUCUAUGCCGCGUAUCGUCUUUGUGGCGAGCCCCUGCGGCUCUACGACCCACGGAUCAAUGACACGCACCUACAGGAGUGUCUGAGCUGGCUUUUGGAUUGCUACGCAGCUAAAACAGAGCAGCAUCGCAACCAGGCAGAGUUUCAAGCUCUUGGUCUUCUGUACAACUUGGGUUCAACUCGUGCUGCAUGGCACAUCAUGGGGCUCCCCGAAGAGCUCCGCAAGACUCCUGCCAUCAAGCUCGCCCUGUCUAUCAACCGGGCCUUUCUGGAGCACAACCCCGUACGUUUUCUCCGAUUGGCUCAGAAGCUGAACUUCCUGCAGUGUUGCGCACUCCACCGGCACCUGGUGACGUGUCGUAGAGAUCUGCUGCACAUAUUCAGCCACGGAUACAGCAGCCGCAACUGCCGCUUUCCCCUUGACAGACUAGCUCAGCUCUUGUUCUUGGACAAGUCUCUUACAGCCCAACUGUGUCGGUCUUACGGCUUGGAGGUCACCCGGGACGACCAAGUGGUUUUCUCCAAGGCUGCAUUCACUGAGCCGGAACAGGGGAAACUGCACUGUAAAGUGUAUCACAACAUAGUUGCUGAGAAACAGAGGGACCUCACUGUCGGGAAUAUCAUUGAUGGCUGUGCUUGAGAGGACAAAAAAACAGGAGACAAUUAAUAAUACAAGCAGUGCUUGGGGGCUCCUUCAAGGAUGCUCGGUGCCAAUAUAUUUAACAAUGAAAUUCUCCAGAUUAUACACAUGCAAGACUAGGCUCAUGGUCAGGGUUAUUGUUGAGAAGGUAUAUGAAAGCACGCACAUCCAAACUUGAUGAGCACUAGGUGAUGGACAAAAAUCAACGAAAACCAGAAGACUGCAAAUGUCUGCACAACUGUGAAGCUCCCGUAAAAUGAUCAGGUCUGAAGAAGGGCCUGCUCCAGAGGUGUUAGACAAGUUUUAAUUCAGAACGAAAACAAGUUCCGCCUUGUGCUUUUUCAUCCUCAUCAUGCACUUAGUGCCUAAAGGUGCUUAAAAAUGUGAAUUUUUUGUCAGGAUGUUACAGUUUACCGUUUGUGUUUGUGACUGUUUAAAUGCUAUUUUAAUACCAUCAUGUCUUUGUGGGUCAGUAUUUCAGAACACAUGCUGGAACACCUACUGUGAAAGAGUGUUCACUUAUUCUUUUAAGCAGUACCUCAGAAUGAAACAUUUCAAUAAAUUUUUGUUACCUAAAAGAGAAA